UACGAAAGUCACUUUUAAUUAAUUGUUAGUGGUAAUUAAAAGUGUCAAGCACACUUUAAAAUUAAACAUAAUGAGUAUAAUAGAACCCUUGGUUUCGGUUGAGUUUGAAGUAUUUGGAAAAGUGCAAGGAGUAAAUUUUACAAAGUAUUGCAAGGAACUCUGUGACGAAUUAGAAUGUUCAGGAUGGAUUAAAAAUACAAAACAAGGAACUAUACAGGGAAAGAUUCAAGGAAGCAGAUCUAAAGUUGAACAAAUCGUAAACUGUAUGCUAACCGAUUUUCCCAACAAAUACAUCCAUUUGGGAGUCCCAUAUCAUUCGAUGUUUUCGCGUGUGCUCCAGCAACGUAUGGACACGGGUUCUGUAAUUGUAAGAAGAGUCUUCUGGAAGACCCCAAUCCAGGAAGAAGUUAAGAAUAAUAAACAUAAUUACCAUUUUAUUUAA